CCUUGGCUCCAUCUGUCUCCACAUUUUCCGAGAAACAGAGACUACAAAUAGUUGAGGUGCCGUCUUUUUCGUGUGCUUCUUCCGGGUCUCCUUCUGAAUUCCACUGUCAUCACUUUAGUCAACAGCUCCUGAUGGGUUUCAACGCGGUCUACAAAUGCUUGCAGGAGAUAUUUCCACAGGUUGAUGCCAGGAUUCUCAGGGCUGUGGCUAUUGAGCACUCUAAGGAUGUUGACUUAGCCGCAGGAAUUGUCUUGAAUGAAGUCAUUCCUCUAAUGUCUAAAAGGUUCAUCCCUCUUGCAACUCCUCCACGUGAUAAGGGGUAUGAAACUGUCGCAAAUGUAGAAGCUGGACAAGGGAAUAUGUUGAGGCAUGAACAGCUUGUUGAAACCGUAGCUGCUGAAAAUAUAGAAACUGCAUCUCAUUCUAUUGAGCCACAUAAAGGGCUGAUUUUGGAAGUAACUGAAGUUCCAAAUACUUGUAAUUCCAAUGGCAGUACUGAUAAGUUUCUCGAAAUUAAUGAAAGCGAGGAGCAAUAUGCCUUGGGUAAGGUUGGAGAAUUCUUAUCUUUACAUGUCACAGAUAAGGUUACAGUGAAUGCAACAAAUGAUUUGAAGCACGGUGCUAGUACAAGCUUUGAUCAUGACCUAGAAUGUGCAGAUGUUGAGAGUGAAAAUCUGUUUUCUUCUGGCAUGUGCCAUGAAAUGCAACCUGCUCCCAUGAAUGACAAUGGCAAUGGAAACGAGGGGAACUAUUUUGCCAUUCCUACAGCUGAUAACCAUGAUGAUAUUACCUGUGCUAUAAGCCACAGAUCAGUGAAUUAUGAACCUUCCUUGACUGAGGGAGAAAGCUCUGAGGUGGAAGCAGUUGAUCAAGCUCAAAGGCAUAUGUCAAAUUCUGAAGAAUGUAGUCUUCAAUCAGAACUUGAUCGUAGCACUCCUAUUGCUGCAGAAAUAAAUAUGGAGAGUGCCUGUUCUUUUUCUGAACAAGGAUGCUCUGUGAGUAAAGCCGGUGAUGUUGACGAUGAGAUUGGAGGGGAAGAUGUGGUUAGCCAGUCUAACCAAGUAUGCAGAAUUGAUCUGCUUGAAGAGAUCAUUGAUGAAGCUAAAAGUAAUAAGAAAACCCUGUUUUCGUCAAUGGAAUCUCUUAUCAGCUUAAUGAAAGAAGUGGAACUUCAGGAGAAAGCUGCAGAACGAGCCAAAAUGGAAGCUGCUCUUGGAGGAUCUGAGAUUCUUAUUAAUGUGGAAGAAUUGAAAAACAUGUUGAUGCAUGCAAAAGAAGCGAAUGACAUGCAUGCGGGAGAAGUCUAUGGAGAAAAGGCAAUUUUAGCUACUGAAAUGAAGGAACUUCAAUCCCGUUUGCUCAGUUUGUCAGAUGAAAAGAAUAAAUCACUUGCAAUUCUUGAUGAGAUGAGCAAAUCUCUUCGAGUUCGGUUAGCUGCAGCUGAAGAACUGAGGAAAGCUGCUGAGCAGGAAAAGUUGGAAAAGGAGGAAUCUGCAAGAAAGGCUCUUGCUGAACAGGAAGCAAUCAUGGAGACUGUAGUUCAAGAAUCAACAAGACUGCAACUGGAAGCAGAAGAAAACUCCAAGUUACGGGAGUUCCUCAUUGACCGUGGACGAGUUGUGGAUAUGUUGCAGGGAGAAAUUUCUGUUAUUUGUCAGGACGUCAGGAUUCUCAAGGCAAAAUUUGAUGCCAAUCUCCCCUUGAGCAAAUCCUUCACCUCAAGCCAGACUAGUUGUAUCUUAGCUUCGUCAGGUUCAUCUCACAAAAGCUUGGCAACCGAUGCAGGCUCAGAUCACAGUGAUUCGUCUGAAAUACUUAAGACCAAGCCAGCGUCCUCAACUGGUGAACUGUCCUCCGAAAGUGAGAAUAAAGUGGAAAGCGGGAAAACUGAAUAUAAGGCUCCUCUGGAUGAUGAGUGGGAUAUUGUCUUAGAGGAAGAUCAAGAGCUGAAUUCCUGAGUUUUGCUAGGAAGGAAAAAGGACAGAAGGAGACGCCAAAUAGCAGUCCAGCUAUUGUAGAUCCAACAAAUUAAGUAUCUCGUAAACUCCUCGGAUUUCAUUGAUAGAAAACAAUGAGCUAUGUCUUCUUGUCUGUUGUUUAUAUGCUAGUUACAUCCAGAUGAUAGCUUGAACUUCUAGUACAUUUAACUAUAUUUGCAUUUAGUUGAGGUUGGUGCUAUUUGGUUCCCAGCUAUUUUGUACAGGAAACGUUGAAGAGAAUUGUGUGACUUUGUUUAAAAAAAAAAAAGAAAAAGAAAUAUGGCGUUUGGUUGGGUUAACAUUA